GCAAAAUCGAUUUUAUUCCCAGCUCUAAAUCAAAUUCUUUUUUAAUAUCUGGUACUGAUAGUUUUAGUUUGGGUUUUCCCCAUUUCCUUAAAUAUGGAUCACUCCAGUCCAUUGCACCAGGUUAGUCAGCACCUCUUAGACUUUUUCACCAUGCCGGCCGGCAGCGAUGCACUGCCUCCGUUAAGCGUGCGCCAAUUGGGCGACACUAUCCGCUACAACAUCUUGGGUCUGACUGAUAAUGGGGACCUCAGCGUUUCCGCCAACGCUCGCUUCUGGCAGGCCGUUGUCGCCAAGCAGAGACGCCAACUGCGCAGCGGCACGGAUGAUCUGAUGCCGGAGAACGAGGAGCUCCAAUCGCUGAUCGAACAGGCCGCCAUGUGGCGCUUUCCAUUCAAGGAGGCCAAAUCUUUGCCCAUCGGACGCUACACCCUGAGUUUUCAGCGCCUUCCCAUAAUUACCCAUGUCCUUACGAAUGUGCUGUCGCAGGCCGGCGAUUAUGGACGUCGCAGCAAGACUGAACAGUCGCCCACCUUGUCCUUGACUCUUCAGAACGCUGGCGUAAGAGCAGGCCAAACCCCCCAGGAGUUGCGCCACUAUCGCCUGCAGGUAAUCUAUAAUAUCAUUCGUCGUCUGGCUGAGUAUUCGCCUUGGCGUCUGGUCGAGCCCGAGGAUGUAAAGAAGGACACCAUACGUGUGCAUGUGGAACUGCAAAAAUGCACACAGCCAGAGCUGAAGGAUCAUGUCUGCCUGGUCAGUGGACCCGUGGUGGAGCCGGUGCAGAAGACGGCCACCAAGAUGACCCUGGAUGGUUAUUUGGAGCUGCGCACCACCCACAUGCGCCAAGUGGCCAUCCACCGCAAUGGCAUCCGUCAGUCGGGCAUCAGCAACAUGGAUACCUUGAUGAAGCGCCUGGGCUCAGCUGCCGUGAUUGUGGACCUGGCCAGUGUGCGCCACCAGAGCGCCGUCACACUGGUGCGCAAUGGACUGGGCAGCUCGAAGGGUGCUUCGUACAUAUUGUACAAUUCGGCCCGCCUGGAGACCCUUCUGCGCACCUUUAACGACCAGGUGAAGGCGAAGGUAUAUGAUCCUCUACCGCCGCUGGAGGAGAUUGAUCUCAGCAUUCUGGAAGAUGAUUUGGAUUGGGAAAUUAUCUACGGCUACUUGCUGCCCUUCCCCGAUGUCCUGGAAUCCCUGCUGGAACAGUUGCCGCAGGGCUCGUGCGGCAUCCACCAGUUUGUGCGCUACAUUGAGAAUCUGGCCGGGGUCACCAGUCGCUACUAUCGCCACAAGAAGGUGCUCGUCCAGAGGCGCAGCCAACUGUCACCGAUCCUCUACGCCAGAAUCUACCUCAUCAUGACCGUGCGUCAGGUUCUCAAUGUGGUGCUAGCCGUGCUGGGCAUCGAGCCCGUUGACUAUAUCUAAAUGAGGGGACCCGACUCCCGGAUUAGCUUGUAAUUGACGCGGUAAUGAACCGAAUGCUGUCGAUCAGUAUGUGGGAGUUACAGAGAAAUGAAAGAAACCAAUGUGAUCUUUAAUAACUAAGCCUUUAGGUAACUCCUUACCCCAAUUAAAAAAAAAAAAAAAAAAAAAACACAUUGAAAUGUAAACAAUUUGUAUGGAGUUUUUAGGUUUUUCUAACACGGAUCUCUUAAAUGCCUCGUCUUUAGGAUCUUAAUCCUUGACUAAAUAAAAAACCUGAUAAUUCGAA